CUCCACACAGGGGAACCGAGGACACCCUAGUGAUUUCUGUUGAGGUGCUCUUCCCAAUCAACAGAAUUCCGAAAGCCACGCUGUGAACGCGCAUGCAACCCCGCCGUUCCACACGGAGAUAUCACCUCACACCCAGCUCCACGGAGCCCCCGCCCUCCAGACGCGGAGGUGAGGCUCCUGCCUGCAACCGGGCGGACUACGGGCGGCGUCCGCCCCCUCCUCGCCUUCACCUCGCUACGCGCAGGCGCAGCGCUUCCGCACAUGCGCUGUUGGGCCGACGACGGGCGGGCGAGGGUCUGCAUCCGGGUCGCCGCCGUGCCCAUUGUCUGGCGAGGGGGUCCGAGGCUCAGCGGUCCGCACCCGAGGGGCUAAGGCGGCGCCGCGCUGCCGCCGCCUGGACGCAUUCCCGCUCGCCGCCGCUUACCUGCACAGCCUUUAUGGACCGCAGCUCGAAGAGGAGACAAGUGAAGCCUCUGGCGGCUUCCCUGCUGGAAGCUUUAGAUUAUGAUAGCUCUGAUGACAGUGAUUUUAAAGUUGGAGAUGCUUCAGAUUCUGAAGGAAGUGGUCAUGGAAGUGAAGAUGCAUCAAAGGACAGUGGAGAAGGUUCCUGUACUGAAUCAGAAGAAAAUAUCUUGGAGGAGGAACCAGCAGAAGAGAAAGUAGAAGAGCAACAGCCAAAGAGCUCCACUGAAGAAGAAGUGCCAACAGCAGACAAAGAGGUAAUUAAAACUGAAAAGAAGGAGCAAGAAGAUGAAGAAGAGAAACCAAAAAAGAAGAAAGAAAAAGAGAAAGCAGCUGAAACCGAUCCUGUGAUUGAUGAACAAGCAAGUGAACCAAAAAAAUGGAAUUUGCGCAGGAACCGACCGUUACUGGACUUUGUGUCAAUGGAAGAACUAAAUGAUAUGGAUGAUUAUGAUAGUGAAGAUGACAAUGACUGGCGGCCUACUCCUGAGAAGAAAAAAGGAAAAAAUGCACUGCGAAAAGAAGGGAGUGAUGGAGAUAAUGAGGAUGAUGAAGAUGAUGGGAGUGGAAGUGAUGAGGAUGACAAUGAUGAGGAAGGUAAUGAAGAAGAUAAUAGCAGCACAGCUAGUGAUGGAGGAUCCAAGAAGAAGAAGAGUAAAGUUCUUAACAGAAAUAAUGCAGAUGAUGAGGAACUGACAAAUGAUAGCCUGGCUCUUUCACAAAGCAAGAGUAAUGAGGACUCCUUGAUCCUUGAGAAGUCCCAAAAUUGGAGUUCCCAGAAAAUGGACCAUAUUUUGAUUUGUUGCGUUUGUCUUGGAGAUAACAGUGAAGAUGCUGAUGAAAUAAUCCAGUGUGACAACUGUGGAAUAACAGUGCAUGAAGGUUGCUAUGGUGUUGAUGGAGAGAGUGAUUCUAUCAUGAGCUCAGCUUCAGAAAAUUCCACUGAACCCUGGUUUUGUGAUGCAUGCAAAUGUGGUGUCACACCUAGUUGUGAACUAUGUCCUAACCAAGAUGGGAUCUUCAAGGAGACAGAUGCAGGCAGGUGGGUCCAUAUUGUUUGUGCCCUCUACGUUCCAGGAGUGGCAUUUGGAGAUAUUGACAAAUUGCGGCCAGUAACGCUUACAGAAAUGAAUUAUUCAAAGUAUGGUGCUAAGGAAUGCAGUUUUUGUGAAGAUCCUCGUUUUGCCAGAACUGGAGUAUGCAUCAGUUGUGAUGCUGGGAUGUGCAGAGCUUAUUUCCAUGUGACCUGUGCUCAGAAGGAAGGCCUUCUCUCAGAAGCAGCGGCAGAAGAGGAUAUAGCUGACCCUUUUUUUGCUUAUUGUAAGCAGCAUGCGGACAGGUUAGACAGAAAAUGGAAACGGAAAAACUACUUGGCAUUACAGUCUUACUGUAAAAUGUCCUUGCAGGAAAGAGAAAAACAGCUCUCGCCAGAAGCUCAGGCUCGAAUCAAUGCCAGACUACAGCAGUAUCGUGCCAAGGCAGAGCUGGCUCGUACCACCAGGCCACAGGCCUGGGUUCCCAGGGAGAAGCUACCACGACCACUCACUAGCAGUGCUUCAGCCAUUCGUAAGCUUAUGCGCAAAGCUGAAUUAAUGGGAAUUAGUACAGACAUUUUUCCAGUUGAUACUUCAGAUACUAGUUCCAGUGUUGAUGGAAGAAGAAAACAUAAACAACCAGCCCUCACUGCUGAUUUUGUCAAUUACUACCUUGAGAGAAAUAUGCGCAUGAUUCAAAUCCAGGAGAAUAUGGCUGAGCAGAGGAAUAUCAAGGACAAAUUAGAAAACGAGCAAGAAAAGCUUCAUGUGGAGUAUAAUAAGCUUUGUGAAUCCUUGGAAGAGCUACAAAAUAUGAAUGGAAAACUACGAAAUGAGGGACAAGGCAUUUGGGCUCUGCUGGGUAGAAUCAUUGGACAGAAAUUGAACAUACCUGCAAUUUUACGUGCUCCUAAAGAAAGAAAACCAAGUAAAAAGGAAGGAGGAACACAAAAGACAUCUACGCUCCCAGCUGUGCUUUAUAGUUGCGGAAUUUGCAAGAAGAACCAUGAUCAGCACCUACUGUUACUGUGUGACACUUGUAAACUCCAUUAUCAUCUUGGCUGUCUUGACCCACCUCUUACAAGGAUGCCCAGGAAGACCAAGAACAGUUACUGGCAGUGCUCAGAGUGUGACCAGGCAGGUAGCAGUGACAUGGAAGCUGAUAUUGCCAUGGAAACCUUACCAGAUGGGACCAAAAGAUCACGGAGGCAGAUUAAGGAACCAGUGAAAUUUGUUCCUCAGGAUGUGCCACCAGAACCGAAGAAAAUUCCAAUCAGAAAUACGAGAACUAGAGGACGAAAACGAAGCUUUGUGCCAGAUGAAGAAAAACCUGAGGAACGGAUUCCCAGAGAAAGAAGACAACGGCAGUCUGUUCUGCAAAAGAAGCCCAAAUCAGAGGAUUUAAGGACUGAAUGCGCUACAUGCAAGGGGACUGGAGACAAUGAAAAUCUAGUCAGAUACCCUUCAUGAGACACAACUCUGCCACAACUCAUCCUCGGAGGCAAUCCUGGAAACCUCUUUUAUAAAUAUGAUUUUUAAAUGUGGAUUAAGCAGUCAAUAGAGUACCUAAAGUAAAGGAGAACAGCUACCUUGUCUCUACUAUAAGCUUAUUAUGACAAAAAGUUGAGUUUGCUUGUCAGGCUUGGAUAGAAUGUAAUUGAUUGGUUUGUUAUUUGGGCUGACAAGGUAGUUAAUUUGCCUGCCUUUUUUUUUUUUUUUUUUUGCACUAAUCAGGAACAUUUCGUAUGUGCAUUGUUAAAAGAUCAUGGAUAAAUGUCUUGUCAGAAUUGUCCUAUUAAAUAAUGUCUUUUUCCCCUGUGCUUCCUUGGUAAAUGAUGUUAUACAAUGCUUGAAUUCACUGAAGAGUGACAGAAGCCUGUGGGACUUAAAUAUGUGUGUUCCUCUAUGGUAAUACUGAAUGAAACAAGGUUUGCCAUCAGCCUGCUGCUCUACUUAUAUACAGUUUGAAGAGAACGUUUCUAUAUAGAACAUCAUGUUGUACAUAGACCCUACUGUAAGAAGGACUGUUUCCUUAAAAAAAAAAAAAUGUUCAGUGUUUUACAGGUCUUGUUAUCACUUGAGACUUACUAUUCUCAAGGAAUAGUUUUGCCACGGAAAAAUGGACUAAUCGUUUCUGACUUGAGACACUUGAGUGAAUAGAACUAUAUCUAUAUUGCAUUAUGGAACGUUUUUAAGAAAGAGAAAAUAUUAAGGAUACACAGACAUUGUUUUAUUUGGCUCAGUUCCCUGGCAGUGUUCAGAACAAGCUUAUUUCCUCAAAAUCCAAAUCUGAAAUUGUUGUGUAAGUGGGGGAAGGAAUGAAGAACUGAUCACACAGCGUGACUGCUGAGAUCUUCGUCUUCGUCCAUAUAUAUCCUGCUAGAUGCAGAUAUAGUAUUUUCAUCUUCAAACGGUACCGAUCCAGUUCUAAAAUCUACAGUAGCAAUGUACUGACAACCUCAUCGAUUUCAUCUUGAACUUGCUUGGAAAAAUUUUGCUCAGAUGCAAUCAAACUUGUAACUUGAUGGCAUAUCAUCUUUCAACUUCUUGAGAUAUGGUGAUUUUUGUCAUCUCUGAAGGUACAUUUCCAUCUGAAAAUAUUUUUUAAACAUAAAGAAAUUAAAUGCUGUAAUAAUUAAUAGGAGAAAUAUACAAACCUGUGUAUACUUACUUAAGGUCAUCUCUUGCUAGGGCAUUUCAUGUUUGAAUAUUAUAUUGAAUAAAAUUAACCUGAUGGCUAA